UUUUAAUAUAAUCUAAUGGGCAACUGCUGCAAUACUGGAAAAACUAGAGAAGGUCUUGAUGUUAAUAAGAUCACGAAGAAGGUAACCAUGACAAGAAGGGUCCAAGAAGCUACAGGCAACGGAAGAAUUCAAAACGAUAAUGAGUUUAAAUGGUGACUUGACGAAAGAUUGAGGAAGGAAUUAAAAGAACUAUAUUCAGAGAAAAGAGAACUAAUAGAAGAUGAGCUUGAAACAGAAUCAGAAGAAGAGGACCUCGACCUCAUGCUUAAAAAUGCCCAAGGAGUCCAAGAAGGAAUCUAUGAAGGAAAUUGGAGCAAGAAGAGCGGCCAAAGGAUCGGAGAAGGAAGAGUCAUCUACCACAAUGGAACAUUUUAUCAUGGAAAAUGGGAGAGAAAUCUGCCCAAUGGAAUAGGUCUCAAGAUCUUCCCCAACCAAGACGUCUACUUUGGAGAUUUCGUUGAUGGCAAAAUGGAAGGGUUUGGCCAAUACUUCAUGAGCGAUGGAAGUAUAUACGAAGGAGACUUUGUACGUGACCUUUAUGAGGGCGAAGGAUUUUUGGAAAUGGAGAAUGGCACGACUUAUAAAGGCACCUGGAAAAAAGGCAAAAGACAUGGCAAUGGGAAAUUAAUACUAGCUAGUGGCAAUUCAUACAAAGGAGGGUUUAAAUAACAACCUGUAUGAUGGUAGAGGAACCUUUAAAUUCGAAGAUGGAAAGAAAUAUGUUGGUGAAUUUCUUGAGGGCCAAAGACAUGGACACGGAGUUUUUACUUGGGCUAACGGCAAAGUUUACGACGGACACUGGAUUCAUGGCAAACAGCAUGGAGGAGCCAAUUGUAGACGAGGAGGUACAGAGGUUGAGACAGAAUGGUUCAAAGGCCAAUAUAUAGAUAAAGCACGAUAAAUAAUUCUAUUUUUCUAGAU